AUUAUCUUCCUCCUCUUUCGAAUCAAUGACAUGAUUCAGGAGUUAUUCAACAGGCAGUCAGAUCCGAUCAAGAAGAGCAGUUUGACACUCACUUUGACUCCAUCCAAUCAAUCGGUCAAAACCAUUUGUACUGACAUAUCGCUUCAUGGUAAAUCCGAAGGCAGCAGCGCCUCCACCUCCAAUCCAGAGCCUUAUUUCUUUUAUGCUCCACUUAUCAAGGCCUUGUUGGACAACUACCAUGAUAAGCUACAGAUCGAGCGACUGGCGCCUCAUCUUCCUCAUCAAUCAGCUAACUUUAUGACGGAGUUUCAGGAAUACUCUCUGCGGUACCCAGAUGAAUGGCAUGGCUCAUUCUUGGACACUUUUCAAAGUGAAAUGGAAGCCUAUACCCGAAGGUACGUGGUCAACCCAUCUACGGAACAGAGUUUGAUGCGAGCUCUAGCAAAUGAGGCUCUCAUCAAGGCUCGCCGUGAGCGCGCUAAGCAAACUGUACUCGCUACCCAACGUCUUGCAGAGUACCACCCAACUCUCAUGUCGUCUGGCCACUCAGUAGAGUGCAGUCCACCCUCCAAUGUGCUGCGUGUACCGGCAUCGGGGCCGAAUUUUCGCCGCGGCUCUUUCGCCUCUCGAUCGGUAGCGUCCUCAGGCUCAUCCCCUGUGCCUCCAGAAGAAGCUUCGCAGCAACUGCAACAACAUCACAGGGAUUCUCAAAUUUCUAUCUUGGAUAAUUUUGAUUAUCAGCUAAUGGAGAUGGAGACUCGUGUUCUUGCUAACAUUCGACGUAAACGGUGGCUAAAUCUGCGCUUCGAGUUCGUCCGUGCUUCACCUACCGCUCUAUGGUUUUCACCGUACGUCAACAGUUUCCUCAACAAUCGAUCCGUUUCACCUGUGAAAAAUUUUCCCUGCAAUCUGUAUUCCAACUCGGUUAACGUGUAA